GCAACCACAUCUGUUGCAGAACUCGUUGCAAAAUACGAAAAUCGCCAGUUUGUCGAGCAUACCAUACAAAAAAUGUCUGUAUCAAAAUCUGGAAAAUCUGGACUGUACGUCGGCAAAGACAAGCACCGAUGGUGGAAAGAAGCUGUCGUCUAUCAAAUCUAUCCAGCAUCGUUCCUCGACAGCAAUGCCGAUGGAUGGGGGGAUGUUCCCGGCAUCACAUCCAAGUUGGACUAUCUCAAGGAACUUGGUGUAGAUGUGAUAUGGAUAUCUCCCAUUUACAAGUCCCCGCAAGCGGACAUGGGCUACGAUAUCGCUGAUUAUGAGGAUAUUGACCCCAGCUAUGGAACCCUCGCAGACGUCGACAACCUCAUCAAAGAGAUCAAAAAACGUGACAUGAAGCUCGUCAUGGACCUUGUCGUCAACCACACCUCCAACGAACACGCCUGGUUCCUGGACUCGCGCUCCUCCAAAGACUCCCCAAAGCGCGACUGGUACAUCUGGAAACCCGCCAAAUACGACGCCGAUGGAAACCGCCAACCCCCCAACAAUUGGGCCCAGAUCCUCGGCGAAGCAAACUCAGCCUGGACAUGGGACGAAACAACGCAAGAGUACUACCUCUCCCUUUUCACCCCAGAGCAACCUGACCUCAACUGGGAGAACCCAGACGUCCGACAAGCCGUGCACGACGUGCUACGCUUCUGGCUCGAUCGCGGAUGCGCAGGCUUCCGCAUGGACGUCAUCAACCUCAUCUCCAAAGUCCAAGAGUAUCCCGACGCCGAAGUGACAGUGCCAAGUAACAAAUACCAACCUGGUGAUAAAUUUUUCGCAAACGGUCCACGUCUGCACGAGUAUCUCAAGGAAAUCAACCAGAAAGUGCUAUCCAAGUACGAUACGUUGACGGUGGGAGAAAUGCCGUUUGUCCGCGACGAAGACGAAAUCAUCCGCGUGGUGGGCGCUGAUUCUGGUGAACUUAACAUGAUCUUCGCCUUCGACCUCGUCGAUAUUGAUAACGUCCCCGGCGACUUCAAGUUCACGCUGCACCCCUGGAACGCGCGGGACCUCAAGCGUAUAGUGAAUAGGCUGCAAAGGCUUAUGCUAGAACGCGAUGGCUGGAAUAGUUUGUUCGUUGAGAAUCAUGACCAGCCGCGGAGCGUGUCAAGGUAUACGGAUGACAGCGAUGAGUUUCGUGAGUAUGGAGCCAAGCUGCUUUGUUUGAUGCAGACUACGCUUGCGGGGACGUUAUAUGUGUAUCAGGGUGAAGAAAUCGGCAUGAGGAAUGUGCCGCCGAGUUGGGAGCCGGAGGAGUAUAAGGACAUUGAGAGUAUCAAUUUCUUCAAGAAAUACGCAACCCUAUACCCCAACGACCCAUCCAAACAAGCCUAUGCGCGUAAAGUCAUGCAACGCAAAGCCCGCGACAACGCCCGCACCCCCAUUCAAUGGGACUCCACAGCUCCCAACGCAGGCUUCACAUCACCCAGCAGCACCCCCUGGAUGCGCGUCAACGACGACUACCCCACCGUCAAUGUCGCCGCCCAAUUUGCAGACCCCAAUCCGUCGACCUCUGUUUUCGCAUUCUGGAAACGUGGCCUUGACAACCGCAAAAAGCACAAGGAUGUGUUUGUGUAUGGUGACUUCGGGCUCGUGGAUGAAGCCAAUGAGAAGGUAGUUGCAUAUAAACGGUGGAGUGAGGACACAGAGGUGCUCGUGGUGUUGAAUUUCUCGGGAGAGGAAGUGCAAUGGAGUGGUAUUGGGGACUUGAAGGUCAAGAAGUGGUGGGCAGGAAAUUACGAGGAUGGGAAAUUAGGGGAGAAAGAGAGGAGUGGCAGUCUCAAGUUGAGGCCAUGGGAGGGCGCGAUUGGAGAGUUGGAGGGAUGA